UAUAAGUUUUAAAGAGGUUAACAAAAAUUUUAUUAAUAAAAUAAAAGAAAAAUGAAUUCAGAAAAUAUUAAGUUUAUUUAUAUUUGAUACGAAUAAUUCUGCUAAUAAUUUGGCAAUAUGUUUUAACAUUAUACAUGACAAAUAAAGAAAAAAAUAUCUGUCAGAUGAAUAUUUACUUAACUGAAAUAAUAUUUAAUUAAGGAAAUGAUUAAUCAAAGAAACAUUUCUUAAGAGAAACAAUGAUAUAUCUUCCAUUACCUGAAAGGUAAUGUUCAAUUUUGAAAUAUUUAAAUGAAUACAUGUUUUCUUAAUAUAAUUAUAUUUUAAAUACAUUUGUAUAUGAAUAUGGCGCAAAUACAAACUUCGGGCGCGGAUGGAUUACCAAAACAUUUUGUGACUGCUAUGCGUACACUUUUUGAUAUAAUGGAUGACCAAAAUACUGGUUUUGUCAAGUUUUCUGAUAUUGAAGGCAGAUGGCAAGAUGAUGGAACACAAGGUCUUCCAAAAGGAGUUUUGGAUAGUCUUAAGAAAGUUACUCCAUCUAAUGGAUUAUUAUCUUUUGAAAGGUUUUGUAUGGGACUUAAGAUAUGUUUAUUACAAAUUCAAACUGAGACUGAUUCUAAAAAACAUGAUGGUCAACCAAAUAGACCACCUUCUGCUCCAAUAUUAAUACCUGAUAAUCAAAAUAAAACAACAUGGACAUCUUCAAAUACAGCAACUAUUAGACCGAAUAAUGUUAUAUCUCAACAACGUACCUUAAGCAUGCCUCAAUUAUUAGCAAAUCGAAAAGAUGCAAAUGCACAAAUAGAAUUAAUGGAUAAUAGAACUGCACCUGAAAUAAAAUUAAAUAAGACAUAUGGACCUCCAAAACCUCCAAGAAUGGGUAUUGCAUUAGAAACCAGAGCUAUUAAUUCAGAUAGAAAUUUUGAUAAAUCUGAAAUUCGAACUGUAUUACAAAAUUGGCAAAUGAGUUUAUUAAUGAAUGAUGAGAAAACUAUAGAAAAAAGACAAUUACCAACGAAUUAUAGAUCUGAUACUAGAACAUUAUUAAGACCAACUAGAGUAUUAGGAGAUGGUAAAGCUGUUGAUUUACAAAAUAAUCAAGUUAUUUUACAGCCUAAAAAACCAUUAAAUAAACGCAGAGAACCUAGACGUCACACGUUGCAGAAUGGUAUUGAUUACAAUAUGAUGAAAAGAAUGAAACAGAUUGAACAAGAAAAAGAUGUAUUACUUCAAGGACUAGCUGCAGUUGAUAAAGCUAGAGAAUGGUAUUUGAAACAAAUUUCUUCUACUCAAGAAAAAAUCAAACAUCUUGGGCGAAUGGGAUCUCACGUGGAACAAUGGACAGAAGCUCAACAAGAACGUUUGGAAUUACAACGUGCUCGAGUAUUAGAAGUUAAUAGACAUUUAGCUGCAUUAAUAAGUAGUUGGGAACGUGGUGGACUUCCUCUUCACAUGAAUCUUGCUUUUCUUAGUACUCCUACAUCAAAUCAACUUCAACAAGAUAUAUUAUCUAGAUUAAAACAACAAAAUCAUAGAUUAACAGAAGAAGUCACUAAAAAAAAUCAACGGAUAGCAAUACUUGAACAAGAAAAGGACAAUUUGGUACGAGAAUUGUAUAAUAGACAAACUAAUAUGGUUCAGUCUAGAAGAGCAAUGAUUCAUGAACAACAUGAUCAAACAUUCAUGUAAGAAUAUAAAUUGAGAAGAUUUAAUAAUGUAAUGAAUUAUAUGCAAAUUAUCAAAUAUACAUAUAUUAAUGAAAUCAUAUUGAAACUUUAGAUAUAUGUAAAGUCUGUGAAAUAUUCUCUAUACUAAAACUCGAAUGUACUUAGUUAUACUUAGUUAUACAUAUUGUAAAUGAAACUUCAAAAUGUUUAUAAUCCAAGAAUCAAGAGAUCAUGAGAGAAUCAAGAGAGAUGUUCUUUUAUAAUAAAUUAUUAUUCUAAUUAAUUGUCUUGAUCGAAAUUCUUGAUUUUAAUACUUUAAUCUACGUUUAUCUACAUAAAAUGAAACAAAUUUAUAUAUACAUUUUUAAAACUGAAUAUUCUUAUCUUGUAAAUAAAUGUUUUUAUAAGAAUAUUGUACAAAUAAAUUAUGCGCGUUUCGCGGUGUAAACUGCA